AUGGACAAAAGAUGGAGUCUUCAAGGUAUGACUGCUCUUGUAACCGGUGGAGCCAGUGGAAUCGGGCAUGCAAUAGUAGAGGAGCUAGCUAGUUUUGGAGCCAAAAUCCAUGUAUGCGACAUAUCUGAAACUCUGCUCAAUCAAAGUUUAAGUGAAUGGGAAAAGAAAGGGUUUCAAGUGAGUGGCUCAGUCUGUGAUGUAACCUCUCGUCCCGAGAGAGAAACUUUGAUGCAAACUGUCUCAUCUCUAUUCAAUGGCAAACUCAACAUUCUUGUAAAUAACGUUGGCGUAUUUCGUGGAAAGCCAACAACAGAGUAUGUGGCAGACGAUUUCACUUUCCAUGUCUCAGCAAACGUGGAAGCUGCUUACCAUUUUUGCCAGCUUUCACAUCCUCUCCUUAAAGCUUCAGGCUAUGGAAGCAUCGUCUUCAUGUCCUCUGCUGCAGGGGUUGUAUCAGUUGAUAUUGGAUCCAUUUAUGGUCUAACCAAAGGAGCUUUGAAUCAGUUAGCAAGAAAUUUGGCAUGUGAAUGGGCAAAAGACGGGAUAAGAGCCAACGCUGUUGCACCUAAUGUUGUCAAGACUUCUGCAACUCAAGCUUAUCUUGAGAAUGUCAGUUUCAAGGAGGCAUUGUUCGGUAGGACUCCACUUGGUCGUGCUGGACAGCCGCAUGAAGUUGCAUCACUAGUGGUCUUCUUGUGUUUACCUGCAGCAUCUUAUAUCACUGGUCAAACCAUUUGUGUUGAUGGAGGUCUCACUGUUAAUGGUUUCUCCUAUCAACCACCACAUGCUUGA